UUUUAAUUCCGGUGACACACUUUAGUGUCCGACUCAUAAGACGCUCACUUUUCCCCUUUAAUUCCAAUUAACAUAAGAAUAUAUUCAUAUCUAAAUAUUUGCUGUAACUUCCAAAAUGAAAGAUUCUAGCAUUGUAAUGACAAUUGAUGUGGGAUGUCCUUGGGUAAGUUCUUUUAACACCAAUCAAUAUCAAUCUGAAAUCACAAUUUCAUGUGCUUACUAUAGAUGUGUUACUUAGGUUGGAAACGUCUGCAGAACUGCCUCUCUCUUGUUGAAAGCCUGGCUACAGACCGAACUUCUACAAGGUUUCAAGUGACUUAUCAAACAAUCUCAAUCAACCCUGCGUUGCCAACACUCGGUGUUUCUCGCGAAGAAUAUCUCCUCAACAAAAUGAGUCAUGACGCCUUGAACAACGCCCAUUCGCGACUAAGAAUGUUAGGCGAGGCUGAAGGCAUUAAGUACGGCCUCGAAGUGAAAAUUGGAAAUACAAGAGACGCCCACAGGCUCCUGUAUCUCGGGAAGACAAAAUCAGCAGAGAUUGAGGAACUUCUCUUAUCCAUUAUAUUCAGAACCCAUUUCGAGGAAGACGGUGACAUCACUUCGCAUGAGGCUCUCAUUGCUUGUGGGAAAGAAGCUGGUUUGGACAAGGUUGAGGUCAGAAACUGGCUGAAAAAUAAUGGUGGAGGACGUGAAGUCGAUCGGGACAACGAAGAAGCAGGCAAGCAAGGUAUCACCGCUGUUCCACACCUUCGUAUCAAUGGCCAAUAUGAAUUGCGUGGUACUCCUGAUAGUCAGUUCCUUUUACAGAUCCUAACAGAUAAAUGAUGCUUGCCCCUGUCCAAAUGUGGUUCCUGCUCAAGGCGGACUGAUGACCUAAUUGCAUUUACAGGUGCCAGUGAAUAAGGGGUGGAAAACUAUAGCCCUGAUUUAAUACAGUUAGACUGCGGGUC